AUGAGAAUCCUUUCAUUGUUCAUUCUAUUCUUGACACUCGUUCAAGCCAAUAGUGGACUUGUCAAUACUUCCGAUUAUCCAAAAAUCAACUCCUUCUUGAGUAUGGAUGGUUUUUCACUUUAUUGGAAAAUCAAUUCCAAUGAUUCAUCCAUGAUUGAUUUUGGAAUCAUUGUGAAAGGAUGUUCUAAUGGAUGGGUGGGUUUAGGAAUUGAUCAUGAUCCAUCCUCAGGAAUGUUAAAUGCUGAUACAGUGAUGGCACGGUUUACAAAUAACAAGAUUGACAUUGUUGACAUGUUCAUGACUGGUCUUGGAAAUGCUCCAAUUCCAGACCCCAUUGACAAUUUACUAAAUAAGGAUGGUGCUGUGAGUGGAGGUGAUUUGCAUGUGAAAUUUUCUCGAAAACUUAAUACUGGUGAUACAGCACGAGAUAAAAUCAUUCGAAAUGAAACCAUGAGAUUUAGUUAUGCUUAUUUGAAAAGUUCGAAUUCCUUUUCAGAUGUUCAUGAAACUCGAGAUAAAUUUACAGCAAAUUUAUUGCAAUAUGUGGGAACGAAUAGUACCUCAGAAAAACAAAAUCCAACACUGAAUAGCACUCCUAAUUAUAUCAAUUUCCAUUUAAUUGUGACAGGUGUCUUGUUUUUCACCAUGUUGGGCGUUGGAUUGCUUUUCACAUUUUUACCAAUUAUGGCAAAUCCCAAUGCCUUUACUGAUUUAUUUUUGUAUCGAAGACUUUUACCUCUCAUUAAGAAUCGAUACAUUGGAAGUGUAUUGAAUCCAUUAUUAGAGUUAUCCAUUGGUGAAUUUCUUCUCGUUGUGACUUAUUGGUUGAUUAUAAUCACAUGGGCCAUCUACGGAGGUUUGAAUGCAACGAGUUUUCCAGUUGGAAGAGCAUUUGCGUAUGUGAAUGUUUGGAAUUUUAGUUUAAUUCUAUUUCCAGUGAGUCGAUAUUCAGUCUUGUUGGCACUUUUUGGAAUUUCAUUUGAAAGAGCUGUCAAAUUUCACAAAUGGAUUGGAAGAUCGACUUUUAUUUUUGUCACUUGCCACUUUAUUGCCAUGUUGGUUGAAAAUGCAAUGACAGGAAAUGCCGCUUAUUUGUGGUCGAUGAGUACCAUUAGUUAUCCAUUAUUGGGAUUUAUUGCUUGGUGUUUAAUGGGAAUUUUAGGAUUAAUGACAUUUGAAACAAUUCGAAGAAAAUGUUGGGAAUUGUUUUACUAUUCACAUGUCAUUAUUGCACUGACGGUGGUGGCUCUCGUUAUUGCACACGGAAGAGGAUGGAUUAUGACACUUCCAUAUAUGGCAUGUAGUAUUUUACUAUAUUUGUUCGAUUUGAGUUUUCGAUGGUUCUUUGGUUUUGGAGUUCCAACCAAAUUGGUGAGAAUGAAAUAUGAUGAUCAAGCAAAAGUCACUGUUUUGACCUUCCAAAAACGUUUCAUGACAUUUUUAAAUAUCGGUGCCAAUAUGAAUGCAGGUGGAUUUGUGUUUGUAUACAUUCCAAGAGUGAAUCCAUUCGGUUUCCAUCCAUUCACGAUGAGUAGUUGUAAGAAAUUACAAGAAAAUGGUCUCUAUGAAUUCACAUGUCAUGUUCGAAAUCUCGAAAGAGGUUAUUCGAAACGAUUGGCAGAAUUGGCCAAAAAACUUGAAAACACAAGUGUGGAGAAUGUGAGUGUUCGAGUGGAGGGUGUGUACGGAAAUUUAUCGAUACCUCUCCGUAAAUAUCAAACAGUGGUCUUGAUUGCAGGUGGAAUUGGAGUUACUUUUGUGAAUUCCGUGUUGGAAGGAAUUAUUCAAAGAGAAGAUCACAAACAUCAAACGGUGCAUGUAUGGUGGUCAUUGAGACAACCUGCCAUGAUUGAUUUAUUCCCUGUUUUGAGAGAAGAUGGCAUCAACAACCAGCAGUGUGCAAAUAUUAGGAAACAAUUUUUCAUUACUACACAACAAACAGAAAUGAGCGAUUCAAAGAAGAUUGCAAUUACAUCCAACCCUCAUGUCGUGUUGGGAAAGAUGGAUGUGAAAAAAUUGUUGGAAUCAGUCAAACAAGCAUCAAAUCAUGAACGAAUUAUUGGAGUGUUUGUUUGUGGAACGAAUGGUUUGAUUGUGGAUGUUUUGAAUGCUACUCGAGAAUUGAGUGAUUUCCGAACACGAUUCCACCUUCACAAAGAAACCUUUGAAUUAUAA